GCAGGAGUCUUUCGUGUAGAAUCACACGUGUUUCAAAAUGUCUGCUUUCUAUGUUGUUGUCGUGUGUUGAGUAACUCAUUUAAUUUAGAUCUAUAAAUAUUGUGAACCCACGGUUCACGGUUGAAUAGAGAUUCAUAUUUAAACUGCGUCGACACUCAUCAAAAUGGCUCAAAGAAAGAAGAAGCUGACGAAGAAAAAGAGACACACUGGGCACCGGGACCCUGACGACUCGGACGGUGGUGACUUCGAAGUUGCUGCUACAAUUCGGGAUGACGAUUCUGCUGGGACAAAGUUACCCCGGUUCCCAGUUGCUUCAACAGAGUGUCAGUCUGAUGUGGAACCAGACACCAGGGAGCUGGUCAGAGCUCAGAAUAAGAAGAAAAAGAAGUCCGGGGGAUUCCAGUCCAUGGGUCUCAGUUACCCUGUUUUUAAAGGGGUCAUGAAGAAGGGCUACAAAGUCCCUACUCCAAUCCAGAGAAAGACUAUCCCAGUCAUUCUAGAUGGCAAGGACGUGGUUGCCAUGGCCAGGACAGGCAGUGGAAAGACAGCGGCGUUCUUGGUGCCCAUGUUUGAAAAGCUGAAGGCCCCCCAGGCCCAGACGGGGGCCAGGGCUCUCAUUCUGACCCCCACCAGGGAAUUGGCUCUACAAACCAUGAAGUUCACCAAGGAGUUGGGAAAAUUUACUGGCCUUAAGACAGCUUUAAUCCUUGGCGGAGACCGGAUGGAUGAUCAGUUUGCUGCACUUCAUGAAAACCCAGACAUAAUCAUUGGUACCCCAGGUCGUCUGAUGCAUGUGGUCAUGGAUAUGAACUUGAAGCUACAGAGUGUGGAAUACGUUGUGUUUGAUGAGGCUGACAGGCUCUUUGAGAUGGGCUUUGCUGACCAGCUCCAAGAGAUCAUCCGGAGGCUCCCAGACAACAGACAGACCCUGUUGUUCUCUGCCACCCUGCCCAAACUGCUGGUGGAGUUUGCUAGAGCUGGGUUGACUGAGCCAGUACUGAUUCGUCUGGACCUGGACAGCAAGCUGAGUGAGCUGCUGAAGUUGGGAUUCUUCCACCUGAGGAUGGAUGACAAGCCAGCUCUGCUGCUUCACCUUCUAAGGAAUGUGGUGAAGCCCCAGGAGCAGACAGUGGUUUUUGUUGCCACCAAACACCAUGUGGAGUACCUCAAAGAGCUACUGACCUCUGAGGGCAUUGAGUGCGCCUACAUAUACAGCGCUCUGGACCAGACUGCCAGGAAGAUCAACAUUGGUAAAUUUGUUCACCGCAAGGCCAUGGUAUUGAUCGUGACAGACGUGGCUGCUCGCGGCAUAGACAUCCCCCUGCUGGACAACGUCAUUAACUACAACUUCCCCUCAAAAGCCAAGCUCUUCCUGCACAGAGUUGGUCGAGUUGCGCGAGCAGGCCGGAGUGGCGCCUCCUACAGCCUUGUGUGUACAGACGAGAUACCGUUUCUCUAUGACCUUCAUCUCUUCCUGGGGAGACCCCUUCAGCUGGCCACGCCCGAGCACCAUCCAGAUUCAGACGGUGUGUUUGGUCGGGUUCCCCAGAGCAUCCUGGAUGAUGAGGAGUCCCAGCUGAUCACAGCCCAUGAGACCUCUGAUGACCUGCAGAACCUGCGUCGCAUUGCGGACAACGCCUACAAGCAGUACAUCAAGUCCCGUCCCAUGCCCUCGCCAGAGUCCAUCAAACGUGUGAAGAACACAGAGCUCCCCGGCAUGGCUGUCCACCCCCUGCUAGGGUCUGGCUUGGAGAAAAUGGAACUGGAGCGCCUUCAAAUGGUGGACUGCAUUAAGGGCUACAAGGCUCGUGCUACCAUCUUUGAGAUCAACUCCAACAGCAAGACCAAUGCCAGCGUGGUGAUGCGAGCCAAGCGCUCCAGGGACUCGCGGCUCGUGGACAAAUUCACACACAAGAGAGGAAUUCAGGCUGCAGAGGGCAGCUGUCAUGUUCCUGUUACUCCUCUGCCCUCCAUGCACCACAUGGCCGGCCAGGAGGACAGCGAAGAGGAGGACCUUCAGGGAGUGUUCUCUGAGGUGGUGGGGGGGAAGAGGAGGAAACCCCAUGGGGAUGGGGAGAAUGAAAGGCCAGACAGCAAGAAAACCAAACGGACUGGUCGCGAUGAGGAGAACUACAUCCCUUACAGACCCAAAGACUUCAACUCUGAGAGGGGACUGACUCUGGGGGCUGAAGGAACCGCGUUCGAGCAGCAAGCUUCCACUGCUGUUCUGGACCUAAUGGGAGAUGAAGGGGAAAGACUCAAUCAGCACAAACACAUGAUGAAGUGGGAUCGCAAGAGAAAGCGUUUUGUCAAAGAAUCUGGGAAGGAAGCCGACAAGAAGAAUAAGAUAAGAACGGAGAGUGGACAGAUGGUCAAUAACAAAAACAAGAAGAACUUCUAUGAGGAGUGGAAGAAGAAGUACAAGGUGGAUGAAGGAGGGGGUGGUGAUUCUGAUGAAGAGACUCGAGGUGGAGGCAGACACAGGGGAGGCGGCCGAGGACGAGGCUGGCAUGGCCGUGGCCGAGGUGGCCCAUCCAGGGGCCCCAACCAUACGCCCCUGGGUCCCCCAGGACAUCAGAGGAGUGGUAGCACAGGCUCCCGGGGCCCGCGGUCAGAACUGAAGAGCCGUGACCAGAUCCUGAAGCAGCGCAAGAAGACAGAGAAACAGAGAUUCCUGCAGAGCGGAGGCUUGAAGAAACUCCGGACCAAGGGCAAGCAGAGCCUCAAAGAUCAAAGCAGGUCUGGCUUUGGCCGAGGUGUCCACAAGAAGGGCAAGAUGAAGAAGAGACUGUAAGGUUCGGAGAGAACAGGUGGAGGCAGUGAAGAAGAAUCUGGUGAGAGAAUCCAACAAAUUGGAGAGGCUUUUUUUGGUGCCCAGUUGGAGGGUUGAGUACAUGGGUACCUGCAGAAGACCCGUCCUCCAUCUGUACUGGUUUUGCUGUGAUGACGUAUAAAAGCAACAAGAAGAAACAACUGGAGGCUAUUAAUUUGCACCACAUCCCAAACGGUGAUCUCAGAGCUCCAUGCAUGUCACAGCAGUGUGAUGUUGUCCGAAGAUCUGUAAUUACGUUUUCUGUGCCACUCGCCUCAAUGCAGAGACAAAGUUCUGUGUUUUAUAGAUUUGUGACUAGUUUGUGUAUAAUAUUCAAAGCAAAUACAAAUGUGAUUAUUUUCUGUGACUGUCAUUUUUUCCAUUAGUAAUGACUAGGCAAAAAAUAGUCACAGCAGGAGGUCAUACAAAGCUGCCCAAUGAGCGGUGCUUUCUAUGGCAAGUCAAACCGAUGUCCCACAUAGUGAAAACAAUAAACUUCUGCCAAGCUUUACCACAAGGUGUCAGUAAAGCCUAGAGAGAGGUCAGCCAAAAGAACUUGUGACUUCGUUUUAGAGAUCGGUAUUCAUUUGAUCCAGCUGACAGCAGUGUAGCCAGAGGGAUUUGCCUUGGGACAAGGGUGUGGUGAAGAUGGAGGUUUGCUAAAAUAGGGAGAAUUAAGGAGAUGUUUCUGUCAGCAAACAGCCGCAAAGAGCCGCAAAGCUGUCUCUACUCACAUUAUUGACCCCAAUUGAUCAACAAUAAAAUGGCUGUUUUCUGAAUGCUAAA